AUGAAACGUUGUGAUGUUCCACAACCAGAGGCAGCGGGCGAAAACCUGUUUUUGUGGGGCGAAUUUCCGAUUGAAUUGCCGGAAAGCAUCAUUGACGUGUCCAAUCUUCCCAUCAGAAGCUUCUUCAGUGCUCCUGACUUUAAUGAAUGUGAGCUUUUGUCGAGAGAUGCAUUCGGUAACCUAAAGCCAUUGAAUGGUCUCCAACUCGCUCAGCUACGUCGGCACGCGGAGUUUAGCGUGGACAGCUCUAACUUUAUCGGAGAAGUCCACACUUGGAAAAUAUCGCCGUUUUUUCUGAAAGGAACAUUCAAUGUGAAGAGGACAUUUAAAAAGGACUUAUAUCGCUCACUUUCCCAGCUCGUUGUCCAUGCCCGCGACCGAAUUGUUGGAGAUCACUUCAGCAUUCGCAGUUCACUUUUGGCGCUCUUUCGUGAUUUCCCGCUGAUGUUCUUAGAUCUGUUUUUCGGAUUGCCGUGUGUGAAUCAUGGGGACGUAGAACAGAAAUUGCUGGAAGAAAGACUUCGUUUUAUUACAUGCGAACUUUCUGUCAAAUCAACCGACCGUAAAUGUGUCAUGGAUUUUUGGGACGCGUAUGAGCAACUUAUGUGCCUUCCUAGGGAUUCAAGCGAAGUCAAUCCUGAACCCCAUAGCCCGCCUUAUCGGUUCAUUACACCGGCUCGAAUUCCUAUCGAUCUCCGACUACAUCUCCCUGACCUACUAGAUAGUUGUCUUACUGUCAUUAGUGAACUCAGACAAGUCGCUCGCGUUGGUUGGUUCCAAUGCUUUAAGGAGCAGACGAUUUCACGGUUACGAGAUGAAGGAAAGUCCUUGGUUGAGAUCAAGCGGCUUGUCCGGCAGCAAGGUCUUCGUGAAUAUGCCUCUCGCUUGUUUGACAUGAUGCGUCGAAGUUCCAGAUUGCACUCCAUCUGCGAAAGCAUUGCUGAACCUUUGAUACAACAAGCCACAUUUAGCCUCAUCGUAGAUGAAGCCAAGGAGGCGUUUGCUGAUGCUUGGUUGGCUUACCAGGAGAGCGCCGAUCGUGAAUUGCAGCGGUUGCAUCCUAUCUUUUAUCACAUUACCGAGUGGCGGUCCAAACGUAUGGCGAGGUUGCGCAAACGCUACCUAGAGGUUAGUUGCUUUCUUUCUUCCUUCCUCGACGGAUGGCGCUAA